CAAUACUCAGCCUCGAAGCGCCAAAAGUUCCUUAAGGCGACAUACUUGAACAAACACAGGGCGUACCAUGUGUACUACUUUUCGCACGUUAUACUGCGGUGUGGCUAAACAUGGAUGAGUUGCUAAAGCCUGUCACAACCCGGAAGACAACAACGACGGUAAAAACACAACCAAGAAUCAAUAUACAUGAAGCCGAAAGUCAAGCUAUUCCUGAUAGCGAUUCUGCUCUUCAAACCUUGAAGGGGUCGCCAAAUUUAGCUCAGCUUCAAAGUGCCUUGGAAUUUCUUGUCGAGAAAGGCCAGGAUGCAACGUCAACGCAGGCAAUCAAUGUGCUUUUUAGCAAGACCAUACCCGACUGGUGGAAACAUAUCAACAAAGACAACGAGAUGUUACAUUUGAAGUCCAUGUUGCUGGACCAUUUGCGUCAGAGUGCAGCUCUGAGCUUGAUGCUCUCACACCUGAAGGUGCUGGUCAACGCAUUCAAAGAUUCGGUCGAAAAUGUCACUACCAGAUCAGCUGGGGUGCAGCUAGAGCUAAUUCUCGAAGUAAUUAGUGAGGUGUUAAGCCCAUCUGAUCUUGUGCUCAUGGUCUAUCGAAGAUGUUCUUUAGUUGCAUCACAACCUCGGCGAGCUGCUCUUUGGAGAGAGGCAUCCUCAUUUUUUACCUCAGGCCAAAUUAUAUCAAACACUGCCGAAGCGGAGGAUAUCUUGAAAAGGCGAACUGGGUACAAUAAGCGCUCUUGGGUAGGUCAAGGUAAUGGAUUUUGUGAAUGGCUAGGUCGCAAUGUUGCUGUCGCCCUUUCUGAUUCGGCAGUUGCUGACAGGGAGGGUAACAUUGCCAUAAGCAGCAUCAUUGGAAAGGCUUUAGCACUAGGCUAUCAAGAUGCCUUUGUCAGCUCUUUACUCGAAGAACUGCCACUUUUCGAAUUCUUACGGCUCGCACGGUUGACGCAGCUAAAUACAAUGCUUCCUGCGUAUCAACAACGCCUGCUUCUCUCAUCUACUCUGAAAUAUACAGAUUCGCGGAUUUUAGACGCUAGGAAACGUCACGAAGAAAUCGAAGAGCUCUUGAAAUCGUCGCCAAGUAUAGACUGCUGUGCCGCACUUAUUCAAGCAUUUUUCACAAAAAAUGAGCCUUUUAAGGACUUUCUGGUAGAUUUAUGUGUCAAUAUCGAGAGCAGCGUUGUGAUUCGUUCAUUUUCUUUGCGAAGAUUGGUCGUUGCUUCGAUAUCUGAUGAUGAAGACCGCAUGGCAAUAUUAUUUGAGAAGCUUUUGUCAAAAUUUGGUGACCAACUUUUCAUUAAACAUGCACCUGCAACUCAACAAGAAGCUGUUGCUCAGGUCAUCCUCAUGGCAGCUGGAUAUAUUCAUAGAUCACAACCAAUGUUGCUUUUUACCCUAGUUAAGUCUUCCACGCAGAUACAUGGAACAUCGAACCGCCUCAAAGCACCUUCCCAGCGCGCUCAGUGGCUGGGAAUGCUAGUUGCAAUGGCCCUUUCAGACCUAACUGAUAAAUCUGGCAGUAAACUGGUAUUUGACGAUGAGAGUAUGCAAAGUCAGGAGGCAAAGUGGUACCAGGCUCUUGUCCAUGUAAACGACAAGAUAGGCAGCAUCAAUGGUCUGAAAUCCUUAGUCAAUAACAGUCGCGAAACAAUCACCAUCUCGGCGUCAUCAUCAAAAAACGAUACAUCCAAAGACAGAUUUGAAUCAAACAUAUCUACAGGUGUUGGAUCAUCGACUCAUUCGGCUUCGAGGAUUGUGGAAAUUAUCAAUAGCGAUGGAGACGACGAAGAUGAGCUCAUAUCGUACUCCAAGCCCGACUCAGACCCUGAAGAUGAAGAUGAUGACCCUACUCUGGUCGAAAGAAAUAAACCUCGCCGUCCUGUGUAUAUCCGGGAUCUUCUCACAGGCCUCCGUGAAAUGAAAAACUACGAUCGGCAUCGGAUAGCGUUGAAAUCGUCUGCAUCACUUAUACGGCGGAAAGCUGCCUUCGGUAAAGAGCUACAUGAUCACGCUGAAGAGUUGCUUAAUACCUUACUGAAUCUAAAUAAUCAAUUCGAAAUGGAGGAUUUCCUCGAGCUAAGACAAGAAGCUCUCAUAUCACUCCUUGUCUCCGAGCCGAAGAUUGUCGGUCCGUCCCUCGCGCGGUGUUGCUUUGAGGAUGAAUUCUCCGUACAGCAGCGAACCGCUAUGCUCACAAGUCUUGCUUUAGGAGCCCGCGAAUUGGCUGGUCAUGGGGACAAAGACAAUACAGAGGCAUUGAGUUUCCCGAGCAAGGAAUUACCGAAACAUUUGCAAACCAUCUAUGGAGAACAGCCAGACCUACGUCUUACGAAUGCAUCUCGUAAGUUAGAAGAAUCGAUGGUAGGGCCGUUGGCCUUAAGUGCUGCAGAUCAAUUGAGUGGACCAAAUGCUUUAAAAGUACGAACCUUUUCGUCGAGAAUGAAAGUACCAAUAAAAGGAUCAAAAGUCAUUAAAAACGCUACAAAAGAUAUAACUGAAUAUUUAACUCUCCCUUUGAUUGCAGGCUGGUGGACACAGAUGCAGAGUUUUGGGAGAGGUUCAAUCACCUUCUCAAAGUAUUUAGUCCCUUUAUACCUGAGAACUUUGGCUGUGGUGCUCCACGCGUCCGGGCCAUCCACACUUGAGCUGCUACAACUGACGACCGAAAUAUGGGAUAUCUUACUCUCUGUUCGAACAAACGCACUUCACGAAAACGAUGUGCAGGCGCUUGACGCUUUAUUAUUCGCAUUCUUGAUUUUACUGGAGCUGAAUGAAGAUAAGGAGAGACUUGCUCAUGACCAUGCUCGAGAACUUGUUGAGACGCAAGAGUGGGCGAAGCUCGUGCUAGACCAGUAUGGCUCGGUUGCGGCCAGUGAGAACACUGAAAGUGGGAAGGUUAAGAUGCUCGCUGCUGCAACGAUUGUUAAAUGCCAUGAGGUUGUUGAACGAUGGCAGAGACUAAUGCUGGGCGAUCUGGUUGACGUGUAACUUUCACAACGGGCUGUCGAUAUCACCGCAUCAUGUUCCUGGAUGCUUCGCCGCAUAGUCUAAAUCCCGACAUUGAACAGCAUGUAUCUUUGCAGGUGAAGAAGACAUAACGAAAUAGGGAACCGUUAUUUGCGUAAAACAACUUAGUGGCGAAAACCUUACAAGCAGACUUCAAAAGUCUUUAUGUCUUGAUUUUUGUAAAGUGCCGUUGGCUGGGAUAUUAUAUCGUAGGUUCAGACAAGGUGCAGAACCCCCAAGUGUGAUGGACGACUUUCUUUGAUCUCGAAAAUGAAUAAUCUCGUCAGGGCUGAUC